CAAAAAUUCGAUCAAAGUUCUACUGUGAUAAUCAUAACCAAUCAACAUAAAAAUGUCCUUCCGUAAGAUUUCCCAAACUCAGAUGCGCUCCUUACUGCGUCGCAAACAUCUAGAGAUUAUUAGCUUCAUAACGUUAAUAGCACUAUUUUGUGUAGCCUUUCUACAAUCCUAUCAAAAUUCAGGGAUUAAUUACAUACCUGCACCAGUUAUCACACCGCUUGAACAGCAUCAGUCGCAAGAAGUGUUGAUACAAGAUAAAACUUAUAUAAAAGUGCAGAGUCCGUCUACUACUCAGCCUAAAAGCACCGAGUUGCCUUUAAAAACUAAACUGAAAAAUAUUUUAAAUUGUCGUGAUACACCGUUGCACAUGGAAAAGUUACAGUAUGGUCAAUAUUGGUUGAUCAGAAAUUAUAUACGUGGUCGUCGUAGUAUGGAAAUGGGCUGUGGAGAAUCGAUUACUUAUACUACAAAUGGUGACUAUACAUUUAUGGAGAACUUACCAACAGUUGUAAAGCGUUGGUCCGGUCCCGUUAGUUUUGCCAUUUAUGCUCCCGGUGAUGAUUACGAUGCCACCAUGGACUCCAUAUUAUACGUCCUUAAUUGUCUGCCCGAAAGUGAAAUUAUACGUGACUAUGUCACAUUCCACAUAUACUUUCCCAAGGAUCAUCUACCCAGAUUUAUAGCUAAAAAUGAAGAUGAAGCCUUGCAAUGGCCGUACGAUUGCGAACUGCAGGCACCCUAUCUAAAUGUUAAUCGUUCGGAAAUGUAUAAGACAAUAAAAAAUCUAACAUAUCCCAUAAAUGUGGGUCGUAAUAUUGCGCGCAAAACAGUUAAUACGUAUUUUAUUUUCGCCUGCGACAUAGAACUAUAUCCCAGUUUGGGUUUAGUGGAUAAGUUUCUCGAAAUGGUUGUAAACAAUCCUGUGGCGAUUUUAAAAGGUGAUAAACCUAAAGUUUUUGUCCUGCCCGUUUUUGAGGUGCAAAAAAAUGCCACUUUACCCGAUAAUAAGAAAGAGUUAAAAGAGAUGUUAAAUAACUCGAUGGCGGUACCAUUCCAUAAAUUUGUCUGUUCGAAUUGUCAUUUGGUGCCGAAACAAAAGGAGUGGGUUAAGGCAAACUACAGCGAGACAUUAGUAGUAUUUACGGUGGGUAAGCGCUAUGAUAAAUUUAGGCAAUGGGAGCCAUUCUAUAUAAGCGAUAACAAAGAGCCAAUAUUCGAUGAACGUGUCACCUGGGAGGGACAAUCGAAUAAACGUAUCCAAAAUUAUGCCAUGUGUUUGAUGGACUAUGAAUAUCAUGUUUUACAUCCAGCUUUUCUGGUACAUGCUCCCGGUAUUAAAAGGUUUAAAUCAAAAUCGAAUGAGGCACAAACUAGGAUGCAGUAUGCAGCAGAAAUGAAUAGAAUUAUAUUUUAUAAAAUUAUGCCACAAUAUUUGGUGUUGUAUGGUGAAAAUAAAAGAUGUGAUGUGUAGAGAGGACCUUAAAGGAAAGUGUAAAAAGAAGUCAUAUUAAGUCAGCGAUUAAGUUCUUUUUUAAAACAAAAUUUUGUAUAUUUUACACAGUGUAAACAAUGUAAACUAUUUAAUAUAAUAAAUAAUAUUAAAAUAAAUCUUUUUAAAUUCCUAUUUUAGUACAACACGUUAUUGUUUACACAAUUUUACAUGAUGUAAAUAAAUUAUCAUUGUAUAUGGUUUUACAAUCUUUACACAAUUAUUUACUUUAUGUAAAGAAUGAACGAAUA